AUGAUUUAUGAUUGCCCUUCGAUUUUGAGACUUGCUUUGACAAAAUCCUCAAAAGGAAAAUGCAAACUUUCUUCUUUGUCCAUUAUCGAGGCCAGGAAGCUCAUAAGUGAAAAAAAAAUUGGGUCGACAAAGUUGAUUCGGGACUGUCUAUCUCGGAUAAAAAAAUACAACGAGCACGUGAAUGCUUUUAUUGAAGUGCAGAACGAAGAAGUGUUGCUGGAGAGGGCAAGAGAAGCGGAGGAUCGAUUCAACAGAGGAAUGGUUAAAGGGCCCCUGGAUGGGAUACCCGUAGCGUAUAAAGAUAAUUUCUGUACUAAAGAAUUAGCAACCACUUGUGGUUCAAACAUAUUGCGAGGUUUCACCUCCCCAUAUGAUGCUACUGUUGUAGAAUUGCUCCAAGAUGCCGGUGCCAUAAUGAUUGGGAAGACGAAUUUGGAUGAAUUUGGAAUGGGUUCGGCGAAUUUGUACAGUGCGUUUGGCCCCGUAUAUAAUCCUCACAAGAUUUUAUCAGCCAGCGGAGAUAUUUAUGGCACGGAGGAAAAACGUGUGGCCGGUGGAAGUUCCGGUGGAAGCGCUGCGGCAGUUGCAUCUGGGAAAUGCUUCGCCGCUCUUGGAUCUGACACUGGCGGGUCUGUUCGUCUCCCUGCUUCUUAUUGUGGCGUAGUAGGAUUUAAACCUUCAUAUGGUCUAUGCUCUCGGUGGGGUUUGAUUGCAUACGCCAAUUCACUGGACACUGUAGGAAUAAUAACGAAAACAGUUGAAGACUCACAUUUGAUAUUUGUAGAUAUAAUAUCAAAAUAUGAUGAAAGGGACUCAACCUCGCUACCAUCACAACUACGCACUUUCAAAUCAUCGACACCUUCGAAUUCCCGUUUUUCUCACGAUCUCAACGGAUUGCGCGUUGGAGUACCACAAGAAUAUUUUGUGUCAGAGCUUAGCGAGGAGAUCGUGAAAUUGUGGAGACAAGGAAUAUCAAAUCUUAGAUCGAAUGGGGCGAAAAUAAUUACAGUAUCAUGUCCAAACACGAAAUACGCUUUAUCGACAUAUUACAUUUUGGCUCCUGCCGAAGCUUCGUCUAAUUUGGCUCGUUAUGAUGGGAUUAGAUAUGGUCACAGAAGCGAAAAGGAUUCAUCUCAACCUAAUUCUCUUGAUGAAGACGGUGGAUUUCUUUAUGCAAAUACUCGCGAUGAAGGAUUCGGAGAAGAAGUCAAAAGAAGAAUCAUGUUAGGAACUUAUACACUGACUGCAGGGUCUUAUGAAGAUUAUUAUCUCCGGGCACAAAAAAUUCGUAGAUUGAUUCAAUCAGAUUUUGAUCAAGUAUUUUCCAAACCCAAUCCUCUUCAGCAUCAUAAUAAUCCUAACGCAGCUGACAAUAAUACGGGAAAGGAGGGUGUGGAUGUCUUAAUUACCCCGGUAGCGACUUCCAUUUCACCAAAAAUUUCUGAUUACGCUUUUUUACCCUCACGUAAUGAUUCCAAUCCGGAGCUGCCGAAUGCCCAUGAUCUUUUGAGUGGUGUUGGUUUUUUGAACGCUUACGUAAAUGACGUAUUCACGGUUCCAGCUAAUCUAUCAGGAAUACCUGCGAUAAGUGUACCAUUUGGAAUUUCACUGACUAAUGGUUAUCCGAUUGGAUUGCAGCUGAUGGCUCAAUAUGGAGACGAAACAACGUUGUUCAAAGUAGCAAAGAUACUAGAAAGUUCUAGGGAGGAAAGUUAG